AGGACGGCGAGGCGGCCGGGAGGCUCCGAGUGGCGGUCGACAUGUUUCGGGCGCCGGAGAGCAAGGGAGGCCGGGCCGGCUCCAGCUUGUAGAGCAAUGGGUAUUGGGAGUCACAUAGAGUCGCCAGAGCUGGCGGUGUCCUGCUGCUGGAGGAGCCAGCUUGCGUUGUCCAGCUGGUUCUUCAGCUGCUUAAGAGUUUUCUUUAUUGUGAGCCUUUUCUGUGACCUAGCCCCACAAUAAAAGCAGAAGAAUGUGACGUCUGUUGAGGGCCAUGAAGCCCCCGGGAGGAGAGCCAAGUGAUCAUCCAGAAGAAGCUGCACCUCCACGCAGGCCAGACAGGAUGGCAUCUAAUAUUUUUGGAUCAACUGAAGAACCUCAGAACAUACCCAAAAGGACCAAUCCCCCUGGGGGCAAAGGAAGUGGUAUAUUUGAUGAAUCCACGCCUGUGCAGACUCGACAGCGUCUGAACCCCCCUGGUGGGAAGACCAGUGACAUUUUUGGCUCCCCAGUCGCUGCUACUUCACCCAUGGCACACCCAAACAAACCCAAGGACCACGUGUUCCUGUGUGAGGGAGAGGACACACUGGACCUUAGAGCCACAGCCAGCGCCUCCCCCAGACAAGAGCCGGGUGAGCCAGGUGGCCCAAGAGAAGCAGCCCGCGCCCAGGAGCCUGCGCCCACCGUUGACAGCCAUGAACCCAGGCUGGGCCCGAGGCCUCGCUCCCACAACAAAGUCCUGAACCCGCCUGGAGGCAAGUCCAGCAUCUCCUUCUACUAAGACGCUGCUGCGUCCCCCAUAGCCAGACAAGAAACUCGAGAGAUAGGAUUUCAAAAUUAUAGUUUCUUUAGGCUGAAGGAGCGGGGUGGGGAAGAGGGUCUGUUGGGUGGACACCUGAAGCUGCUGCUCCAGCUUCACUGCCAUCACAAGAAGCCGGAGACCUCGCCUCCCGGAAACCAAGGGAGGAAAUGUGAUCCCUGGUGUGAGAGGAGCUCUCUGGUGGGUGGGCAGGGAGGUAGUACCAGGCAGGUGUGCCUGAGGCGUGGGGUCUUCACGUCCUUGGUGUGUUGGCUAAUUGGGUAUCUAGGAGUCACUAAUGCAGCAGCAGAGUUUAAAGCCUUUGAGAGAAAUCCAAAAACCACGUGUCCGUUACUGUGGGAUAGAAGAGCAAGACACACUGAAACCCUAGCGGGGUGGGGAGGGUGGGUAUCUGGAUAGACCCCUCAGAUCCUGAUGCCGUUUACCCUUCAUGGACACGGUCUCUGUUUCUGGGACUUCGUCCCCAGUGUUUUUCACUUCAGUUCCACAGAUUUUCUUGAAACAUCUUCAUUGCUUUUCCUCAGCAGCUGUCAACAAAAAACCAAAAUGUUUUUCUCAGUCUUAUGCUUUAUGGAAAGAUUUUGUACCCUGAUCUCCCAAGGUGCCCCGCUUCUGCCCUCUUAGUCCUUGGCCAGAUCUUACAUAGAAAUCUCUCCCUUUCGUCCACGAGAGCCUGGUUUUGGGCUCUUUACAGGCAGUUUUGCUUGUGAAUUGUUCCUUUUUUCCUCAUCAGCCUUAAGUCUAGGCCUUUGCUCCUCACUAAUGAUAUGGACAGUUCCCUUCACCAGCAACACUUCCUAUCUACAAGGCCACUAACUUUUAUAGGACUUUAAAACUACCCAGAUAUAUCCAGGUAAUGGGAUUGUUUAACUCCUUCAUGUGUCUUCCUUUAUAUUCCUGCUGACAGUGGGAAGAAGAGAUGCUUGAGAACCUUGGGUUCUUAGGUUUGGAUUCUGUCAUAAUAGCUCAAGACCCGUUCUCAAGUACCUGCUUUACAUCAGUAGCUGUUUACUCUGGUCUGUUUCUGACACCUUUCUAGAAAAAAAAGUCUUGCACAGGUGCACCAAAGAGGAAGGAAAGUGUUCUUAGGCCGCCCUUUAUAAAGCUUUGCAGAACCUCUGGAUCAUAUUCACAGUUUCCAGACGAGUCUUAGAGACCUUAGGCCAAGAGAUUAAAUAGUUUGGCAGUAAAGUCUCAACUGGCCCAUUCCAUGAUAUUUGCCAGCAAAGAUAAUGGGCUGGCAAGAAUCGUGCUGCUGUAAUCUGUCAGGUGAAAGUUUCUCCCAUUGAGCCUCUAAAGGGCUACGGUGUUGGUUCCUGUACUGCAGUCUCGUGGGACCAACAGUUUGGGUUGGAGCUACUGGUCCAAGUGCCUACAAAGCUAAUGCAGGUGCUAAAAAUGUCUUCAUCAUUAAAAUGUAGUCACACUCCCAGUGACCUGGACGCUCAAGUGCCUGCAGGAGCUCCCUGCCAAGCUCCACAUCCUCCACCGGCGCUGGGGGGGUUCACACGGUGCUUUGCCAAGCAAAGACACUUUGCUUUUCUGUCCCCCUGCUGACUUUGGAGCCGAGAAACACUGAUUCCAUGUGACUCUAUCAAGUGCUUCCUAUCUCCUCCAUCCUUCAGAUGGUCAUUUAUAUGAAAGUUGUCUGGAAUUCAUUUUUUUCACAUUAAAAAAUGUCAUAAAUGGUGGUUAGCUUUUAAGCUCAAACACACUAACUUGUUUAACUUACAAUAAGAUGUUCCAAAGGUAGAAAUGAACUGCUAUUUAUAACUUUUUUUUAAUAUACAAGAAAAUGAUUUGUGAAUUCCAAAUUGGAUUGCCAAGAAGACCCUGACGUGCUGCUGGCCCUCGGGGCUUGGGGCUUCAGUCUCACUGUCAGUUACAUGAGGGGAAGAGCUUUCUAGAUCUGUCCCCUGGCAGGGACUUCCGGAGCAGAGCUGGGGUUAGAGGCCUGGGGGGAGGAGGAAAACAACCAGAGCAGAGCCUCUGGGCAGCAGUGACCACAUCACCUUACUUUUCUUCCCAUCUUCCCUCUUCCUUUCCCUCCUGGGGGCCGUGGGCAUGGGUUUAGAGAGCCCUGGGCAGUCUGGUCACUGGGAGGAGCAGCAGAAAAGUUUUUGCUCCUUUGAACCUGAUGGGGGAGGCCAUUAGCAUUUGGAAAAUGCUCUGUACAUUGGGAACUGCCUGUAUUUGGAAGCUUCAUUAACUCUUAGCAUCCUUUUCUCAACCUCCAAGCUGCAUUGAGAAAUUACUCAUCUGUAUUUUUAUUAAGCCUUAAAACUUUAUGUAUUUGGUGCCAACUUUUUGUGAAGCUGUAUCAAAAACAACAAACCUGUGCUCACAUCUCUAUGUAACUUUGAGAGGAGCAUUCUGUUAUUUUUCAAGGCAGGAGUGGGUGUAGCCGUUGAAUUAAACUUAGCAGUCACGUACUCAGUCUUUGCCUAUUGGUUGUGUGCA